AUGGUCGAAAGUGUUGUCCCCCAGGGUUCAGUACUGGGACCCAUUUUGUUCCUUGCCUACGUGGACGAUGCCGCAAGAGAUUUAGACUGUGAAGUAGCAAUGUUUGCGGAUGACAUGAAGAUAUGGAGUGUAAUUCGGGGUCCUGCCGACGAAGACAGACUGCAGAUGAACCUGAAUCGGUUGGAGGAGUGGUCAAACCGUUGGCUCCUGCGGUUCAACGUUGCCAAAUGUAGCAUACUUCGCCUAGGCAACACAGCCAGAUCCGCCAGCACAAGAGGCUACUUUCUGGGCGGUGCAGCCCUACAAGAGGUCGAAGCCCAAAAGAACCUCGGUGUGCUUACGACGAGUUCCCUAAAACCAUCCGCCCACUGUUCGAGGGUGGCAAAAAGCGCAAUGUCCGUACUGUACGCCAUCAAGCGUGCGUUUUUGGACUUUGACGAAGAAGCUUUCUCUAAGACAUUCGGAACAUUCGUCCGGCCGCAUUUAGAGUACGGCAUAUAAGCUUGGAGGCCGUGGGCUGUUGUGGAUCAAAACUGCCUCGAAAGAGUCCAGAGAAGGGCCACGAAGAUGGUUAGGGGUCAAAGCUCCUUUCCUUAUGCAACCCGCCUAGUAAAUCUGAACCUCUUUCCUUUGAGUUACAGGCAACUUCGCGGAGAUCUCUUGCAAGCCUUCCGCAUUGUAAAGGGGUUGGAUUGCAGUCUGGCCUUCGAGGACUUUUUUGAAUUUGCUACCACGACCAACCUCCGAGGUCACCCGUUAAAACUGCGCACUCAGCAGGCACGGCUGGAUGUGCGGAAGUUCUCCGUCUCGGUUCGGGUGGUCAAACCAUGGAAUGAGCUUCCCGCAGAUGUUGUGAUGUCACCAUCUAUACAAAGUUUCAAGAAGAAUCUGGACAUAUUUAUGUUCCGAAAUGACCAAGAGCGAUGA